AUCAAGACCAGCUGGAUGGAUGUGAUGGUGAAUGAGCACCAGGCAGUGUGGAGAAACUUAUCUGAAUGCAAGGUGAACAAGGUAUCUGGCUUUGCCUUCUGGAGUUCGAGGCUGUCCUCUGAAACAAGCUUUGAAUGGAGCUCAGGUUCCUGGCUCCCUUUAUGCACAGAUGGAGCUGCAUGUGUCAGCGCACUUCCAUCAGAAAAAGACCAUCUUGAAGAAAUGGUAUGGGAGCGAGGACCAAAGCACUUGUUGCCCAAAUGCACAGAAAGUUGUGGUGGAACUGGGGAUUACUCAAAACUUGUAACACGGUGCAUAGUGGAAGUUCUGUCCAAUGCACUAUCUAAGCCGAAUGCACCACCAAUUAAUCCCGAAUGCAAAGAAAUCCUGAAGAAGAGUGGUAGAAAUGACAGACAGAGAAGUGAAAGCAAACAACUUGAAGUGAGGCAUUUGAAAGAGCCAGCAGAGAUCGAAAAACAUCAUACUGGGAGUGCGGAGAAAGAACAGAGUCAGGCAGAAGAGAAAUCUAAAAAGUACAUGAGAGGAAGUGAUGAGGAGAAACUUACUCAGGGGGAAGGAAGAAGCAAGGAAGAGGAGGAUGGACACCACACAGCUAUUCAAGAAGAGAGACUUCAUACAGAAGAAAAGAAACAGUAUCAGGAAAUUGGAAGAGAGGAGAAGAGCUACCACAGUGAAGAAGAAAGCAAAGAGAGCAAGCGUCACGAUGAAGAGGUGGAGCAUGCUGCUCUCAACAAGAAGUCCCACUCUGGGGGCACGAGCACAGAGGAAUCCCCUGAUGGGAAUGAUCAGCACCCCACGGGCCACUGGCACUCAGAGGAGGGAAUACAGAGCCCUUACAAAAGGAUUCGUGAGGGUGAAGAGGGAGAGGCAGAGGAAGAAAGACGUGAAAAAUACCACCGCGAGUCUAAGGAACGUGACUUCUCCCACCAGCGAGAGCGUGAAGAAUCUGAGGAGGGUGAAGAAACAGAAGAGGAAGAGCAACCCUACAAACCCAAACGUUCUCAUGGGAAGCACAGGAUGGGUGACUCCUCCGAAGAGAAGAGGGGCCGUGGUGGUGAGGAAGAGGAGCUGACUGAGGAGUCAAACAGGGAGGAGGCCCAUCUCUGGGACGAAAGGAGCCACCGUCAGAAACAUCUCGAAGGGUCUGAGCAGCAGCGUGAGAGGAGCGGUUACGAUGAGGGGCAUGGGUCUGAAGAGGCGGAGGACAAGAGGCACACAGACCAGGGAAGCGAGGAGUACAGGGGCAGGUGGCAGCAGAGCGAGGAGGGCAGUGAAGAAGAAAACAGGAGGCAUCGCCACAGCGAGGAAAGUAACGAGAAAUGGCGUGAUGAGAGGAGACGCCAUUCUGAGGGAAGGACGUAUCUUGGAGGUGGAAGUGAGGAAGAGCUGGACAGGUAUCCCAGCGGUGGCAGCAAGGAGAAGCAGCAUCGUGCUGGAGGGAGAUACCACUCGUGGGACAGUGACAAUGAAGGGUCACAGAAAGCGCACGCUCGAGAGCGCAAAGGGCAGGCCAGAAGGCACGACAGCACUGAGGACAGUGCAGAGCAGCAGCGCUACCCUGGCAACAGCGAGGAGGAGGAGGAGGAGGAGGCGGAAACGAAGCCUCAGAGCAGUGAUCAGAUGGAAGAUGAAAAUAUGGAGGAGGGAAGAUAUGCAGAGAGGGAAGAGUACGGAAGCCAUCUUGCUGCAGAGAAUGAGAAGAGAACCACGGCAUCCUACAGCCCUUUCUACCCACUGCUGUGGUGGAAAAGCCGGCACGUUGAGAAGAGGGAGAGCACAGGAGGGCAGGUUCCGGAGGGCAAGGAGGAAGGCAGGCCUACCCUGAAUGAGAAGAGCCUUUUCCCUGAAUAUGAUGACUACGACUGGUGGGAGAAAAAGCAAAUCCUAAGUGUUCUGAACCGUGGACACACCGAGAAGAGGAAUGUUGGCAAAAUGAACAGAUACGAUAUGAAGAGGCAAUACAACAAGAUGGAUCAGCUCGCACAACUCCUGAAUUACAGGAAGAAAUCGGCCGAAUUCCCAGAGUUGUACAAUUCUGGAGAAGACAUGAAAAAACGUCACAUAAUCAGGAAUGACAGAAGGAGCCUGAGCCAGAGGCCACUGACAGAAGAGGAGGAAAAAGAACUGGAAAACCUGGCUGCUAUGGAUUUGGAGUUGCAGAAAAUAGCUGAGAAGUUUAAUGACAACAGGAGAGGCUGAAGUUGAUCUGCUUUGGCGUUUCAAAGCUAGGUGUAGCCGUACUCCCAAUGCCUGUAUUUUGUGGUAAAUUCACUGCCACUGGAUUGUUGUUUGCCCGAAAAACAGGAAAUUCUACUUACUGUCCACUAUAGUGUAGUGAUCUAGACAGCUGAAGAUGUCUUUAAUUUGCUGUUAUGCUAUUGGGAUCUGAAUAGCAUGAAUUUUGGUAUUAUAACCUUUCACGCAAGGCAGAUAUUUUUAAUAUGCUUGUGAAAAUAAUUGUGUUUGUGUUCUUCAGAAAUACAUUUGCCUGAGUUUGAAAUAAUAAAAACCGUUGAUCUUGGACCAAACUUUC